AUGGAAGAAUAUGCAAAGAGGGUACAUGAUCCCUAUUUUCAACCCCAGAUAGCAGCUUCAACAACAGGUUCAGGCAGCUCCAUGGCUAGCCGUGUUUGGGUCCCUGGUCCGGUCAUUGUUGGAGCAGGCCCUUCAGGGCUAGCUGCAGCUGCUUGUCUCAAGAACCAUGGUGUUCCGGUCUUGAUUCUCGAAAGGAGUUGUUGUAUAGCUUCUUUAUGGAAGAUGAAGACUUAUGAUCGGUUAUGUCUUCAUUUACCUAAACAGUUUUGUCAACUCCCACUUCUACCUUUCCCUAAAGAUUUCCCAACAUACCCUACUAAGCAACAGUUCUUGGCUUACCUUGAAGGGUAUGCAAGAAAGUUUGAUUUGAAGCCGGUUUUCAAUACGGUGGUUGUGAGGGCGGAGUACGACGGUGGGUGUGAGGUGUGGAGGGUUAAAACGAAGAUGGUGGAGUACGUUUGCCGAUGGGUGAUAGUGGCUACAGGAGAGAAUGCUGAGGAAGUUGUACCUAAGAUUGAAGGGAUGAAUGAGUUCAUUGGGCCGAUUCUGCACACGAGUUCGUAUAAGAGUGGUGAUUGUUUUGAAAACAAGAAGGUUUUGGUGGUUGGGUGUGGGAAUUCAGGCAUGGAGGUUUGCUUGGAUCUCUGCAACUACAAUGCUCACCCAUCCCUUGUGGUUAGAGAUUCUUUGCAUGUAUUGCCACAAGAGAUGCUUGGGAGAUCAACUUUUGGACUGUCCAUGUGGUUGCUCAAAUGGUUCCCCAUUAGAGUAGUCGAUCGGAUCUUGCUUUUCGCAUCACAUUUCAUGAUCGGAGACACGGAUAGACUUGGACUCAAUCGACCAAAGCUUGGUCCUCUUGAACUAAAGAACAUCUCCGGCAAAACACCCGUGUUAGAUGUAGGCACACUUGCAAAGAUUAGAAGUGGGGAUAUCAAGGUUUAUCCAGGCAUAAAGAAACUAGCAUGCAAUACUGUGGAGUUUGUAGAUGGAAGAAUGGAGAAAUUUGAUGCCAUUAUUUUAGCCACAGGUUAUAGGAGUAAUGUGACUACUUGGUUAAAGGACACAAACGACUUAUUCUCCAAAAAAGAUGGGUUUCCCACGAAACCAUUUCCCGAAGGAUGGAAAGGUGAGUGCGGAUUAUAUGCGAUUGGAUUCACAAAACGCGGCUUAUUGGGUACAUCCAUAGAAGCUGCAAGGAUUGCAGAAGACAUUGCGCGUCAAUGGACCACGGACACGAAGCAUUUCAAGUCGUUUCGCCAUCAACCACUAUAA